CUUCCUUCCUUCCAUGUCGUCCCCCCAGCCGGGGAGCAGCGAUAGCCACCCUUCCGACUCGACGUCACCCUCCGUCGAGGCGCAUCCCAAUGACCCUUUCAGCACGCUGAAUGGUGCUGGGCGGACGGCUGCAUUUUACGACCACGACGACCUCGAAUAUCCCAUCCCAACACGGCCCGAUACCUUCAUCUCUGAGACCCCCAGCUAUGACCAGGGCAGCACCUACGACCCAUACGCCCCACCCGAUACCGACUCCGAUGGCGAUGUUUACGGCCAGCGCUUCGCCACCUCGGCAGAAUCAUUGAGCGCUCACCGCGCAACGCCCACCUUCAGUGAAUACACCGGCGGGAGCUCUACUGAUGCUUACCCCGCUUGGGCAACGGACCGUCACAUUCCACUGUCGAAGGAGGAGAUUGAGGACAUUUUUUUGGAUUUGACGCAGAAGUUUGGGUUUCAACGGGAUUCGAUGAGGAAUAUGUUCGACUUUCUGAUGCAGCAGCUCGACUCGAGAGCCUCACGCAUGUCGCCCAACCAGGCAUUACUAACGCUCCACGCGGAUUACAUCGGGGGCCAGCACGCCAAUUAUCGCAAAUGGUACUUUGCCGCUCAGCUGGACCUGGACGAUGCCGUCGGACAAUCCCAGAAUCCUGGCGUCACCCAGGUUGCUAGGCGAAAAUCGCAGAACGGUAAAAUGACCGGCUGGCGGACGGGACGGGAGAAGGCUUUGAGCACGGCUCUGGAGCGAUGGCGGCAGGCUAUGCAUACCAUGAGCCAGUAUGAUCGGCUAAGGCAGAUUGCGCUGUAUCUCAUGGUGUGGGGCGAGAGUGCUCAGGUCCGUUUCUGCCCCGAGGCAUUGUGUUUCAUCUUCAAGUGCGCGGAUGACUACUAUCGCUCGCCGGAGUGCCAAAAUCGGAUGGACCCCAUUCCGGAAGGCAUGUACCUGCGUUCAGUGGUGCGGCCUCUAUAUCGGUUCAUUCGGGACCAAGGAUACGAAGUCGUGGACGGGAAGUUUGUCAGGCGGGAGAGGGACCAUGAUGCAAUCAUUGGAUAUGAUGAUGUGAACCAGCUAUUCUGGUAUCCUGAAGGCAUUGCUAGGAUAGUCCUGCAGGAUAAUACUCGGCUAGUGGAUCUGCCUCCUGCUCAGCGUUUCAUGCGCUUCGAUCGGAUUGAUUGGAAUCGUGCGUUCUUCAAGACAUACUACGAGAAACGGUCUUUCGGGCAUCUCCUCGUCAACUUCAACCGGAUAUGGGUCAUCCACAUCGCGUUGUAUUUCUUCUACACGGCAUACAACUCUCCGGCCAUCUACACCGUCAACGGACAUAGCGUCCCGGCUUUGACAUGGAGCGCUGUUGCCCUCGGAGGGGCUGUUGCGACCCUGAUCAUGAUCCUCGCUACCCUGGCUGAAUUCUCGUAUAUCCCCACAACCUGGAACAACACUUCGCAUCUGACAAGGAGGCUCCUGUUCCUGUUGGUCAUCCUUGCGAUCACCGCCGGGCCCACUUUCUACAUUGCCAUCGCAGCCAACAAUGGGAGCGCGGGCACUGUUGCUUACAUCAUCGGCAUCGUUCAGUUCGGCGUCUCGGUUGCUGCGACAGCCCUAUUCGCGAUUGUCCCUUCCGGCCGGAUGUUUGGAGAUCGUGUCGCAGGAAAGAACCGAAAAUAUCUCGCGAGCCAGACCUUCACGGCGUCGUAUCCUAAACUUCCGGGGCCCAACCGGGCUGCAAGCAUUUUGCUUUGGGCUCUGGUCUUUGGUUGCAAGGCAGUCGAGUCGUACUUCUAUCUGACGCUCUCGUUCCGUGCUCCGGUCGCUGUCAUGAUCGGCAUGAAGAUCCAAGGGUGUCACGACAAGUUCUUCGGGAAUGCACUCUGCCGAAAUCACGUCGCGUUCACGCUUGCGAUCAUGUACGUCAUGGAGCUCGUGCUGUUCUUCCUGGAUACAUUCCUCUGGUAUGUCAUCUGGAACACGGUGUUCAGUAUCGGCCGCUCUUUCAAGCUGGGACUAUCCAUCUGGACGCCCUGGGGCGACAUCUACCAACGAUUGCCGAAGCGGAUUUAUGCCAAACUGUUGGCGUCGUCCGAACUGGAGAACAAGUAUAAGCCCAAAGUUCUGGUGUCCCAAAUCUGGAAUGCAGUCAUCAUCUCGAUGUACCGAGAGCAUCUACUUUCCAUCGAUCACGUUCAGAAGCUGCUAUACCACCAAGUGGAUCUGGCCAACGGAAGGAGGACCUUGCGGGCCCCGCCCUUCUUUGUCGCUGACGGCAACAAGGACGACGGAAACUUCCUUCCCAAGGAUAGCGAGGCGGAGCGACGAGUCUCGUUUUUUGCGCAAAGUUUGACGACGGAGAUUCCCGCUUCUCUGCCUGUGGAUGCGAUGCCGACGUUCACCGUCCUCACACCGCAUUACAGCGAAAAGAUCCUGCUGUCUUUGCGAGAGAUCAUUCGCGAGGAAGACAAGAACACGCGCGUGACGCUCUUGGAAUAUCUGAAGCAGCUGCACCCCGUCGAAUGGGAAAACUUCGUUCGUGACACCAAGAUACUUGCCGAGGAGUCUGCCAUGUACAAUGGUUCGCCGCCGUUCGACGAGAAGGCCACGUCCAAGGCAGAUGACCUCCCAUUCUACUUCAUCGGUUUCAAGAGCGCUGCACCGGAGUUCACACUGCGCACGCGCAUCUGGUCGUCUUUGCGGGCGCAGACUCUGUAUCGAACGGUCUCCGGGAUGAUGAACUAUUCGAAAGCGAUCAAGCUCCUUUACCGUGUCGAGAAUCCGGAUGUGGUGCAGCACUACGGUAACAAUCCGGACAAGCUCGAGCGUGAGCUGGAACGCAUGUCACGGCGCAAGUUCAAGUUCUUGGUGUCGAUGCAACGGUAUUCCAAGUUCAAUAAAGAAGAGCAGGAAAACGCCGAGUUCCUCUUGCGUGCCUACCCGGAUCUGCAGAUUGCCUAUUUGGACGAAGAGCCCCCCAGGAGAGAAGGUGGAGAACCCCGAAUCUUCUCUGCCCUCAUCGACGGCCACAGCGAUUUCAUCGGCGAUACGGGGCGGAGGAGGCCUAAAUUCCGGGUCGAGCUUCCUGGUAACCCCAUUCUCGGUGACGGCAAGUCGGACAACCAGAACCACGCGAUCAUCUUCUACCGUGGAGAGUACCUUCAGCUCAUCGAUGCCAACCAAGACAACUACCUCGAGGAGUGUCUCAAGAUCCGGAACAUCCUGGCUGAGUUCGAGGAGCUACAGACGAGCGAGACGAGCCCUUAUUCUCGCUGGGAUGCGAAAGAGUUCGGGCAGACUCCUGUUGCGAUCGUCGGUGCGCGCGAGUACAUCUUCUCGGAGAACAUCGGUAUCCUCGGCGAUCUUGCUGCUGGCAAGGAACAGACGUUCGGUACGCUGUUUGCGCGGUCCAUGGCGUGGAUUGGCGGCAAGCUGCACUACGGACAUCCUGAUUUCCUGAACGCGAUCUAUAUGACGACCCGCGGUGGUGUGUCGAAGGCGCAGAAGGGCCUGCACCUGAACGAGGAUAUCUACGCUGGCAUGAACGCGUUUGGUCGGGGAGGGAGGAUCAAGCACACUGAGUACUUCCAGUGUGGAAAGGGGCGUGAUCUUGGGUUCGGGACUAUCCUCAACUUCCAGACGAAGAUCGGCACGGGUAUGGGCGAGCAGAUGCUCAGUCGCGAGUACUACUACCUUGGCACGCAACUCCCGAUCGACCGAUUCUUGACGUUCUACUACGGCCAUCCGGGUUUCCACAUCAACAACAUGCUCGUCAUUCUGUCUGUGCAGGUUUUCAUUGUCACUUUGGUCUUUGUCGCGUCUCUGACGUCGAGUAUCACGAUCUGCAAGUACACGUCCUCAGGACAGUUCAUCUCUGGUCAAGCUGGAUGCUACAACCUGGUUAACGUCUCGUCCUGGAUCCACCGGUGUAUCAUCAGUAUCUUCUUGGUGUUCAUGAUUUCCUUCCUGCCACUGUUCCUGCAAGAGCUGGUCGAACGCGGCACCUGGAAAGCUUUACUACGGCUUUCGAGACAGUUCGGGUCUCUCUCCCCUGUCUUCGAAGUGUUCUCGACUCAGAUCUACACGCACUCGAUCAUCAGCAACUUGACGUUCGGUGGGGCACGGUACAUCGCGACAGGCCGUGGGUUCGCUACGAGUCGGAUCCAUUUCAGCACGCUGUUCUCCCGUUUCGCCGGCCCAAGCAUCUAUCUGGGGAUGCGCACGCUGAUCAUGUUGCUGUAUAUCACGCUGGCCGACUGGACGCCGUUCCUGAUCUACUUCUGGGCAUCGAUCCUCUCGCUGUGCAUCGCGCCGUUCCUGUUCAACCCGCACCAGUUCGUGUUCUCUGAAUGGGUCGUCGACUACCGCGAGUUCUUGCGCUGGAUGAUGCGCGGUAACUCGCGUGCUCAUAGCAACUCGUGGAUCGGAUACUGCCGUCUGAGCCGGACGAUGAUCACCGGGUACAAGAAGAAGAAGCUUGGUCAUCCGUCCGAGAAGCUAUCUGGGGAUGUCGCUCGUGCUGGUUGGCGGUCUGUGCUGUGGGCUGAAGUGAUGUUCCCCAUCGCUAUGGCCAUCCUGUUUGUGAUUGCGUACAUGUUCGUCAAGUCGUUCCCGGACCAGAAUGGGGUGAUGCCUCCGAGCCCGCUCGUGCGCAUGCUGGUGAUUGCAUUCGGGCCUUUGGCGUGGAACGCCGUCGUUCUCCUGCUGUUGUUCGUCGUGUCGAUCUUCAUUGGGCCCAUGCUCGAUGGCGUGUUCCCGCUCUUCGGCUCUGUGAUGGCUUUCAUCGCACACUCGCUCGGGUUGAUUGGCAUGGUCGGAUUCUUCGAGUUCUUCUGGUUCCUCGAGCGGUGGAACGUGGCGCAUGCUGUGCUCGGAUUGAUCACGAUAAUCGCCAUCCAGCGCGCGACUCACAAAAUGCUUAUCGCGGUCUUCCUCUCGCGGGAGUUCAAGCAUGACGAGACGAACCGGGCGUGGUGGACUGGUCGGUGGUACGGUCGUGGACUGGGAUCGCACGUUGUUUCGCAGCCAGCGCGAGAGUUUAUCGUCAAGAUCCUGGAGCUCUCACUCUGGAGCUCGGAUCUGAUUAUGGGGCACAUCCUGCUGCUGAUGCUUACACCACCUGUGCUCAUCCCCUACUUUGACCGGUUACAUGCCACCCUGCUCUUCUGGCUGCGGCCUUCGAAACAGAUCCGCGCGCCUCUGUACUCGAUCAAGCAGAGGAGACAGCGGAGGUGGAUCAUCAUCAAGUAUGGUAUCAUCUACGUUCUUGCUAUGGCGCUGAUCGCUAUUCUGAUCGUGCUUCCUCUCAUAUUCCACUCGACGAUGCACUUCACAUGUUCCAUCUGCACGAGCAUAUAAUAUCAUAGUGCCGGACUUUCAUUUUUAUCUUAUUAGACUAGCACACUCGUUGGCUUUGCUGGAUAACGGACAUGGACUAUCCUAUAAUACACAAAAGUGUCCCGCUC